AAUUUGACGUCAUCUUUAUGGGACAGUGGGAGGGCGGUUUGAAAGCAGAGAGGGAAAUAUCAACAAUAAUGUUUAAAUUAAAUCAAAUUAACCGGUAGGACAGGACUUAGAGUUUACAGUCUGUGAGAUACAUGUGGACCAAACCGGUUUAGACCAGCUUCGUAUGAGUUUAUGAGCUAAAUAAACCUGAUAUUUGGGAGUUAGCUAACGUUAGCUGCUGCUUCUUCUGGGUAAACAGAGUAAACUCAGCCCCGGGUCAUUUCUCUGUUAUAGUCAAGGUUUACCUGUGAGAGAUGGCGAGUGUUCAUGAAAACCUGUAUUUUAACCCCAUGAUGACAAACGGAGUGGUCCAUGCUAACGUGUUCGGGAUUAAGGACUGGGUGACCCCCUAUAAAGUCUCGGUCCUGGCUCUGCUCUACGACAUGACCUCCUCUAAAAUCAGUCUGCCGGAGAGGAGAAGACUGAACAAACUCAUCCUGCCUCUACAGCAGGUCAGUGUUUAUCAUGGAGGAGAGGAUUAAAGAGGUCUGAGAGCUGCAGGUGACAGUCUGAUGUCUGUUUUCAGGGUCCAGAUCUGAGUCUGGGUCAGUUCCUGAAGACGGUGGAGGAGUGCUGUCCUCAGACUGCUUAUGCUGUUAAACUCAGGUAAGAUACUAAAGUCUGAAACAUUAAAAACAGACAGUAAACACAGCUGGGACACAAAAAGCUCAUCUGGAUUAAUGGACCCACAUUUAAUCCUAAAUUUAUGACCAGACCCUCAUCAGACUUUCAGAUUAAGAUACAAAAUUAUUAUUCCUGCUGAUGUUUUUCUUUUUUUUCCACAUUUAAACAUCUUAAAAAGCCAUCGUUUAAGCUGUAGCCUGUCAUACUGAUCUGAAAACACACCACAGAGUAGCUUUAAUGUUUGAUGUAGGAUUACAUAUAUCAGUUAAAGGGAUAUUCCGGCGUAAAAUUAAUUUAGGGUCAAACACACAGUAACACCGAGUUAGACACCCCGUUGAGAGAUGAAUGUUGCCGACCACUUGCUUCUCUAGUUAUACCAACUUUAGUAACAACCGCAGGAUAGCAAUACAGAGAGCCACGCGCUCAACCAAAACGCCACUCUAUAGCCACCAAUAAUGCUCAGAACAGCACCUGACUUCAUCAACAGUACAUAUAGGGUCCCAGCCAUAGUACUAGACACCAAACAUCUUUUUAGCUUUGACUAAAUUUUUUCCGCUUGUUUGUAGUGAGACCUCAGUCCAGUCCAUUACGGACUACAGCGGGGUGACACAGCUCAAGGAAGAAUAUUUAUGAUCAUUUCUUCAUGGAAAUGCAAUCAGACCGAGACGCUAAGACAGAAGAACUACCGCGUCUGCAGAGCAAAAUGAUUAAUAUGGUGAUUAUUACUUCAAGGAAAUGAUAAAGAAAUGAUCAUAAAUGUUCUUCCUUGAGCUGCGUCACCCCGCUGUAGUCUGUAAUGGACUGGCCUGAGGUCUCACUACAAACAAGCAGCUGCUGGAAGAGAGUAGGUGAGUUGUGUUUAGUCUCUUUGCUAAAGAAAUGAGUCAAAGUUAAAAAGAUGUUUGGUGUCUAGUACUAUGUCUGUGACCCUAUAUGUCCUGUUGAUGAAGUUAGGUGCUGUUCUGAGCAUUAUUUGUGGCUAUAGAGUGGCGUUUUGGUUGAGGUUUGUUUAUGGCUCCUCAGACCACUGUGUAUUACUAUCCUGCGGUCGUUACUAAAGUUGGUAUAACUAGAGAAGCAAGCGGUCAGCAACAGUCAUCUCUUGAAGGGGUGUCUAACUCGGUGUUUAACCUGAACUUAAUUUUUUUGCCGGAACAUCCCUUUAAUACUUAAGUUUGUGGCCUACAUAGAGAGGGAAGUUCAUCUGAGUAAAAUUCUUCAUAUGUCCAUUUUUAUGUCACACAUACCUCAAUUUCUUUUAUGUCUGGUGUCUAGAAAAGUCUUAAAGUUAUGAAGAAGAGUCAAAAGUUGUGCCCUAAAAAUGCUUUUUUAAUCAUCCUUCACAACUUUUAAUCACGUUAUGACAGAAUUCCUGAAAACAUGCACAUCUUGAGAUUUGUGAAGAUAAAACUUGUUAAAUUUUCACUCUGUAAAAUCUGCAGCUGCCUACAAAAUCAGACCUGACACAGAUAUUUACUUGGCUGAAUCCUCAUCCCUCUUGCAGGCUGCAUGAAAUGGCAGAUGGAGAACUGAAGGACAUGGAGUACUUCUUCGCCACUCUUCCUACACCAUUCUCUGCUUUCGACUCUGAGGCUUAUAAAACAAGUGUUGUAGGUGAGCAGCAAACAUGGAGUCACAGCUCCUCAUGUCUGAUAGAAAGCCCUGACAUUUCCUCUUCGUCCUCCUUGAGAAGAUUAACACUGGGCUGUGUCUCGCCUCUCUUUCAGGUCUGUUUAUGAGACACAUGCUGCUGGCCUACAACAAGCUGUCUUUCAGUCAGGUCUAUAAGCUGUACAAAUCUCUGCAGCAUUAUUACCACAGUCACUACGCCAAGCCCACUGACGGACAGGUGAGUCUGCCGGCGCUGGCCGCUGACGACUCAGAGAUGGACCUGACCAGCACCGAGGACACUGUGGGGGACAGGAUAGACAAAGAGGAGUCAGACCUCCCUCUGCACGAGUCCGAGCUUCAGUAAGUGAGACAGAAGUCCGAACAGUAGAAAAAGUAGAAACAUAUUUGACGCCCAUCUAAAGGUUCAGCCUCACCUGGAAUGUUUGGGUACAUUUUUGAUCAUCUGUGCUUGAUUCCAGGUUAGAUCUUUCAUAACCUCCUUUAGUUUGGUUGUUGAGAGGAGGAAAGUUUUGUCGAAUGUUCACAGCAGAGAUUAUUUUCUCCUUUUUAGAAACGACAACACGCCAAGCCGUGGUCCUCUGUCACAAAAACAAGCGGAGUAUUUUCUUGCGAGACAGGUGAGUGUUGAAUCAGAGGAAGAAGUGAAUAACUGUUUUGGUGCAUGAAUGUUGAGAACCAACCGCUUACAGGGUUGUUAUCCAUGUGACAAACCGGUGUUUUGAAGCACUUAAGGCCUCUCAGAUACUUGUGAAAUUUCUCUCUACAGGCUUAUUUGUUGAAAAACGACGAGAACAAGGCUUUAAAGCCCGCCGCUCUGCAGGAAGAGCUCAACAACAUGCUGAAAUUUAAUCCUGAUUUUGCUGAAGCGGUGAGGCAUUCGCUAAACUUACAUAAGUCUUAUUAGUGUUUUAGUAAGAAGCAAAUCAUCCUGACUGGCUCUGUGGUUUGAACUUUCUCCUCAGCAUUACUUGAACUACCUGAACAGCAUGAGAGUGCAGGACAUCUUCCUCUCUGCCCACAGUCUCUUACAUUACUUUGACCGUCUCAUCUUGUCCGGUAACGAGGGAAAGAGCAACGGGGACGAGGGCUACGGGCGAAGUCUCCGCUACGCUGCUCUGAACCUGGCGAGCCUGCACUGUCGCUUCGGUCACUAGUGAGUCUGGAGAGCGUUGGAGACUGUAAAAGGAUGUGUUCAUACAAAAAGCGUGUCCAUGUGUGAAGUGUGUCUGGCUCUCAAAGCUGUCUCUCCUUCUGUUCGCUUCAGUCAGCAGGCUGAUCUGGCCCUGCAGGAGGCGAUCCGCAUUGCUCAGGAGUCCAAUGAUCAUGUGUGCCUGCAGCACUGUCUGGUAAACCCUGUUUUCUGCUUCCUGUCACUCUUGAUAAAUGGUUCGUUAUUCCUCACAUAAAUAUGCAUGUGCCCGGGUGUAUUGCUCCCUCUCUCUCUGUCCUACAUUAGAGUUGGCUCUACACACUGGAACAGAUGAGGGGAUCUGACAGCACAGUGUUAACCGAGGAUUCAGUGAAAAUGGCUGCCCAUUUCUGCCUGCCAGUGAGUGCUUCAUGAGCUCUUUCAGAAGGAGGCCUGCUUUAAGUUGGCUGUGAAUGUUCAUUUAUUUUUUAUCAUUUUUGGCACAUUUUUUACAACACUUUGAGUUUGCUAAACUCCACAAAUAGCUGUGAUCCCAGAAUGUCCCCAUUAGCAAACAAAACGGAAACAUCUGUUAGAGAUCACAGGGCUCGACAGGGCGACCAUUUCAAUUAGAAAUAGAUGUGUGCGAAUUGUAAAAUGUAUUUAGGGUCACAUGUGCGCAUCAAAAAAAAAAUCAGCCGAGGCAACAAACGUUUUUUCCUGUAAGUACGGCGGUGAAGUUAGUUUCAGGUUGGAUAUAUUUUUCUGUAAAUACGGCGGUGAAGUUAGUUUCAGGUUGGAUAUAUUUUCCUGUAAAUACGGCGGUGAAGUUAGUUUCAGGUUGGAUAUCUGACGGACAUUCUCUGAGGAUCUACCGGUGUCUUCUCACUCUCCAUGACCGGGAAUAACAACAGCAGCGCGGUUAAAUCUACUCGACACCCUCACUGUCAACGUAGGGUUUUGAACAAGGGACCGUCAAUAAAUUACUGGUUGAUGUUCUCAAAAAAAGGCUGUUUUCCUUCAGUAGCUAUCAUGUCACGUGACCAAUUGACCUAAAAUUGAUUUCAAAUAUAAUAGUACUUAUGUUGGACAAUAAUACACAUCUCUUUAUUUUCUUAAUUUGUCCUCUAAAAAUGUUGUAUUUAAUUUUUAAGGCAAAUUUUGAACAUUUUCUUCAAUUGCUUCCAUGUCACGUAAUCAAAAGACCUAAAAUUGAUUUCUAAUACUCCAACUUAUGAAUUUUCAUUGCGCCCCUAAAGUUCUUUGUGUGCUCCUUACUUUUUCAACUUAGGAGCACAUGUGAAGGAAGUUAGUGUCAAGCCCUCGCUCAGUUAUUACAGUUUAGCCUCACAACAUGGUUUGAUAUUAAUCAAUGAUCCUGCUACAGCAGAGACGAGUCCAUCUCCCUUUUAAGAGAGCCACAGCUUGUCCAUUAGUAAAAUCAUUCCUCAUGUCCUCAUGGCUGAACCUGAUCGAUCUCCUCUCUCUGCUGUAGUAUCUGGCGUCUCUGGGCAUUCAGUCUUUAGUCCAGCAGGGGGCGACACAAGGCAAGACAGCCCACAAACUGAUGGACGCGCUGAAGGACACUGAUAUCCUGCACUGGAAGCACAGUCUGUCAGAGCUGAUCGAGAUCAGCUUGGCUCAGACCACGUCCAUAUGGAGGAUGUACGGCAAGAGGUCAGGCUCUUCACCACGCCACUUUGUUACACUCUCAGUUGUCAGUGAUGUUUACGGCUUCAAAAACAGACUCCUCCUCCCCUCCUCUAACAGACAGGAGGAACAUCUCAUGGAUUCAAAUUUCAGACAUCCAGUGUACAAGCAAACACAUGAAAUGUAGAAACUUGUGAGCGCUCAGGCGUGACUUUGAGGUGUGUUCACAGUUAAUCAUUUUUAUCCGAGUCUUUAACGGGGUCUCCUGUGUCUCGUGCAGCACCAUGGCCCUGCAGCAGGCCCAGCUGCUUCUCAACAUGAGCAGUCUGGAGCCGGUCAACUUCGGGGUCCAACAGAACAACACAGAAGCGUUUGCUGUGGCGCUCUGCCACCUGGCCGAGCUGCACGCUGAGCAGGUAACACUUUUCAUUUGAUCCCGUCUGUCUGCUCUCCUCCCUGCUGCUUCAUGCCCCCUUUGUCGGUUGGAGCCGCGUUGCAGGAAGUUAAUGAACAUUGAUCAGGUUUUCUUUUUUUGGCUCCUUCCUUAACCUCCCUCUCCUGUGCACAUUUGUCUCCAUCGCAGGGCCUGUACAGUGCUGUGGCAGAGAUUCUCCUGCACCUAAAAGAGCAGUUUCCCUCUCAUACGCAGCACGCCAAGGUGGGUUCUCUCUCUCCUAUGAUGUAUUUUCAUCACAGCCUCACAAAAUAGUCUUGCACAGGAUUGUAAGGCAUGUCAAAUACUGAAAUACUCAGCUGCUCAACAGUUCAGGGUUUUCUUGGUCAUAUUAUUUUGUUCACCAAAUGUUUUUUCAGCAUCCAGACUCUUCUUCUAAGGAGCCAUGAUGAUGUUAUAAUUCAUGCAAAAUGUAGUUUGGCAUUUCCUUCUUGUAUUAUGUUCGAUCUUUCCUGUAAAAAGCAUCAUCAUGUGUCACUAAUAAACUCCAGUAUCAAUAGUUUCUAAUCAGGCCACGCUGACAACAAGCUUGGUGGUUCCCGCUCUCUUUAGAUCGGACAUUAACGCAUCCAAGAUUUCCAAAACAGACGUUAAAUUUUGGUUUAUUAGACCACAGGUUGAUUUUCCUCUUCACGUCCAUCUUUACAGGGUUUGGGCUCUCCACUGCAGAGUUGUAGAUGUCGAAGCGCCUCAAGAUCACAGCUAUCUAGGUUUAGUUUCGCUCCUUGUCCCUUUCUGUGAAAAUAUUUCUCCAAAUUCUGAGAACUCUUUAAGAAUUUUAUGAACUGGAGAUGAUAAACGCCUAAAAUCCUUACAAUUUACACUCAAGAGAAGUGGUAUGAAAGCUAGUAUGAAGAGGCUAAAGGAAGAGCUUUGAGUAAAUAUCCUAUAGCUCUCUUGUGUUAGGUCACUUUCUUUAGUUGUUAUUGCAUUAAACGUGACAGCAACAUCCACAUUAUCGACCAAUAUAUUGAAGGAAAAAAAGCAUUUCAAGGUGUUUUAAAAAAGUGUUUUUUCUCCUCUCUCUCGUGUUUUUCAACCAAAUCCUGUUUGUAGUAUUUGUACUCUUCACUAACCUCUAUCACCUUCCUUUGUUUACCUACAUCUUAAAUCCUGCAGCUCUGGAUGCUGUGCGAUCUGAAAAUCCAGUUCGACAGACACAUGCAUGAAGGAAAAUACCAUUUAGCCGAGCCGCUGGUCACUGCCAUCUCUGCCUUGAACAAAACAGAAGGUCUCUACAGGUAACUGUGAGACACACUCGUUAUAUCCUGAUCUCAACAGUGUCUGUAACCUACAGUUAAUGAUAAGUUAAAUCUGUAAUGUCGUGUUUGCUUACAGGAAGGCUCUGGUUCUGAAGGCUCUGAAUCGGAGCACUGAAGCUUACAGCAUCUUACAGAGACUACAGAUGCACUGUGAGAAGAAGAAGUGCACAGAGGUGGUCAUCAGGUAGAGACAGACGAACACUGACAUGAUUCUGUGUUUCCUUAAAUGUGGAGGAAUAAAAACACCUAAAAUUAGUCUGGAGCUGAACUGUCUCCUCUUUUAUAGCUGCCAUAAAUAUUUAAUGGAUAGAUUCAAAUUCUGAAUCAUCUUUAGAGGCAGAAACUGUCUUAUAAUGCAGUAUAAUGGGAGGCAUGCACAUUUCUAAAGAUAUCCUUCAAAGCGUGCGUCCUUUUUUUAGGCACCAGGCUUAGCUCCUUUUUUCGUCUACAUCAUUUCCUGCGUCUGUCUCACACAGAGUGAUGCUCUCCACCGCCGAGCUCCACUGGGAGUCGUCUGGCUUCUCCACCGCUCUUCCUCUCCUCCUGCAGGCCUUGGCUCUGGCUAGACAGCACCACCUACAGUCCCUGGCCUCUAAGACAAUCCUUCACCUGGCUUUCACUCAGGUCAGAGACGGCGCCGGAGCUGCUCCCAAACAUGCAAAUCACCGGCGCCUCGUUUCAGUAUAAUUAGCUUUUAUGCAAAAUAGAAGCAGAACAAUGAUUGGUUGUUUGUUUUUCUGUCUGCAGCUGAUGUUGGGGGUUCCUGAGCAGGCUCUGACUGUUCUGCAUGAAGCCAUCGAGCCCAUCUUGGCCCACGGGUCGGUCAUGGACAGAGGCCAAGCGCUGCUGCUGACAGCCCUCUGUCAGAUGGAGGUGGCUGGGUUCAGGCCAAACAGACAAGGGCAAGCAGGUAAAAGCCCCGCCUCCUCCUGAACACUUAUCCCCCUCCCCUCUUGGAGCGAUGCACGCUAAAUUGAAACACCCCUGCUUCUUGUCUCACGCAGAUUCACAUAUGACAGUUUUGGCCGUUAACACGCUAAACGAAGCAGCGGCGUAUUUCUCCAAGCUGAACUGUAAGGAGCACCUGCGGGACGUCCACUACCUGCAGGCUCUGCUGCACCGCUCUCUUGGACAAACCUCACAGAGCAACAAGAGCGCCAUGCUCUUCAGGCUGCUGGACCAGGAGCUGCAAUCACCCGCACCACCUGUCUCCAUGAGGCUCUAACUUCCUCUGUUUCGACUCCAACCUGGCAGCACGGCCGACCACUAGAUGGCGGUGAUGAUCUGUAGCGCGUCCUCAAGCCUUUUUCAGACAUAAACACUUUGAACUAGAGGCACAUCUUGAACUCUUAGCAUACAGGGUCAGCGCUAAACGUUCAGUUGACAGAAGUUCUAACGUGUGGUUCGAGGCUUCCUCCGCAGCUUCAGCCCCGGUAUGUCAAACAGACACAACACGCAAGCUAACAAGGUACAAAUGUCAAAAGUUUAUCAGAGCUGCCCCAGCCACGCACGGCUCUUUGAUGAAUGAGGGUAAUAUCACAGUUAGCUACAAGAUGAAUGUGUUUCAGUGGCCUGGAUGAUUCAUAUUUCGCCAGAGGAAUACUGAUGAAGCUGAAAUCCGGGGAGGAGGAAAUCGUGAUCACAUUUCUAAUGUAAUGGACCCACUAUGGCAUACGAUCUGAUAGUGUAUCUGUAUUCUGCUGAUGUCUGACACAGUUUGGGAGAACAAUAGUGGCUGAUAACGUUACAUUUAAGUGUCCUGGCGGGCCUGUAACCCAUUACUUACAGCACUUUGUUUUUCGAGAAAUAAAAGACUUGUUUCCUCUUUUUUUAGCUUCCAGUGAGUCUGACAGAAUCACGGGAAUAAUUUUCAGAGAAAUAAAUCUGCAGUUCAGCUUU